CUUUCAAGGGCCCCUGUCAGUCCUGGGCCCUUAGAAUCACCAUCCCUCUCCUUCUCCUUAUGGGGCCCCUAUAGCUGGUGGUGGGCAGAAACCAUUAGUAAAAAUCUGCGCGCUUUGUAAUGACUCCUGUAGGAUUAUAUACAGAAAGUUUGCUCUUUGUGGAGUGAGAGAGAAUCGACCUUUCUUGUUUUAGAAACAAAAAAAAAUCGAUAGUUUCUCGGGGUAGAAACCAAAGCUCAUACUCACACUGUCACAGCCUCUGCAGUUUGGUGGUAAACAUCUAUUGGAUUUUCACAAUAUAGAGUCCCAUUGGGUUUGGGGGAUUGUAUGGUGUCCCGGGCCAACACUGCACUGGUUGGAACCUGUAUGCGCUUAGACUACUGAUAGGUGUUAAACUGCUGAUUUUGUGCUGACGCUCUGUGAACGCACACCUUAGAGAGAGAGAGAGAGAGAGAGAGAGGGAGAGAGAGAGGGAGGUCUGGUCCAAGUUGCUGCGCAGGGAGGGCGUAAGUCGCAGCUCGUCUGCCUGUGGGUGCAUGAUGUAAACCCUCUGUCUGCCUGAGUGAACGCACAGAUUGACAAAGCCGUCCUUCUUAGAAUUCCAGGAUCCUUGUGUUUCUCCACUAGUGCUUUCCUCUCCGGGUAUGGACGGGCUGCGGUCAGAAAACGCCGGACUUGGCAGCAUUGGAGAAACCGCGGAGGAAAAGUACCGGGCUCUCGCCUAUGACACGGCUCUGAGUACUUUGGUGGCCGUGGCCGUGUAUGUGCUGGUCAAAGUCAGCCUGGAUGGCAUCCGGCAGUGGCGCGCCAGGAUCUCGGUGCUCAUCGUGGGUUCGGGACCCGUGGGGCUCACGGCGGCGCUGGUCGCUGUCCGCUCCGGGAAGGUGCUGAAACUGACCGUCCUGGACGAGAGGUACCGCAGCGCCUUGCUCUGCCGACCCCAGCAGAUAGCCCUGGAUCCACGGAGCGUGAAGUUUCUGCUGGGACUUGGGGUGGACUUUGAUAACAUGGAGGGCUGCUGGCACGAUGAGCACUUCUUCACCAGGAUAGGAGUGUUUCAGGAGUAUCUGCUGAGCAUCCUGGAGCAGAAGAAACAGAAGGUGGACAUCAAGGUGCAACUUGGCACCAAGUUUACAGAGGACUAUCUACGGCGCAUUCCACACACUGACUGGCCAAGUGUGAUUGUAGUUGCCGACGGAUCAUGUGGUGACUCCUGCUCGGUGCUGGGUAUCAGCUCUGACUACACUGUGGAAUCCUGUCACGCUUACGGAGCAAAUGCAACUAUAGAGAGACUAGAUCAGAGACAGGUCCCCACUCCUGAGAUCCGUGCCCACAGCCUCUACUUUGACCUAUCUGCUUACGGAGUAGAGGCUCUGCGUGAGCACCGAAACCCCACCGCCAAACCCGGCUUUCACCUGAAGAUCUACGGCACCUUCAGAAACCGCUACAUGGCCCUAGUCUGCUCUGCCUCUGACACCAAGAUGGUUCGCUUCCUCAGGCACACAGCCAACUCCUCUAUCAUGAAGAACAUUUUCCACCAAUCCUUCAAUGCUUAUAAGACAGACAUUGAGCCUCGUCUGAACGAUGUGACGCUUCACCAUAUGCAGUGCAGCCGCCGUCUCUUUGAAAUUCAGUUAUCACACAGACGCAUCAGUGCUGCGUACAUAGAGGGGGACAAUGUCGCAGUUAUUGUAGAAGGGGAGGCAGCUCGUGUUCUCAACUUUGACACAGGUUGUGGAGUAAAUUUGGGCAUGCGGGGUCUAGAGUCAAUGGGGACGUUUAUUCAUCGAACAGCCACAGCCGUAGACCAAAACGACGUUCUAGAGGCCCUGUCGGCUAAAAUGCAGCACUCCAGACAGGUGGCGGAGACCUUCAAACUGACAGGCCUGGCUGAGUCAAUGUAUGAAUGAAAUGAGGAUGGAGGACAACCUGGUGACUGCAUAACGCCACCUAGUGGUUUUGAUUAGCGUUGCUGAUGGAAAAUGAUUAGUGUUUACAAUGAAUGUUUACAAUGAAUGAGUCUGAUACUGAAAUGGCUGACUAAUGGUUACAUACUGAAUGACCUAAAAGCCCAUAAGUCUUUGAGGUAUGCACUGAGUGAACAUUAUACGACUGUAAUGAACGGAGCUGAAAAUAACCAAUGCCAUUUUUGUUUGAAGCUGUUUGAAGAUAUAUAUAUUUGUAGUUGCAAUGAAAUGUAUUCUAACCACUAAUGACGUGCAGUUUGGGGUACCGUUAAAGUACAGCAUAAGAAUGUGCUCCAUAAGAGAAUAAUCAAACACAUUGUUCAUGUAGUUUCAUCUAUUUUUUUAAGUGAACUUGGGUUUUAUUUAAUUUUUUUAUUUCACUGAUCGUGCUUGUCAUUAUUACUGGUGCUAAAGAAAGUGUCCAAUGAAAAACAUGAAACACAGAAUCAGAUGGAGCUGUUAUUAAUGAAUCUUGUGUCUUUGUGUUUUAACAAUGCAGUGAAAACUGAAGAUGACAACUGUGGAAUUUGUUAAAGUGAAACUGUAUAUUUUGGAAUGUUUCACACAUGUGCAAAUUAUAUAUUAAAACACAUUUUGCCGCAUUGUCACUUUCCUUCAAUUCUAGUCCAAGUGAUCUAAAAUGAUUCAGAUAAAGAGGAUGUGUAAUAAAAAUAUCCAGUUAAAGUGUAGUUAAGAUCAUGACACAUUCAUCUGGGAAAAAGAUUCAGUAAAAACCUGUGCUUUGUUGUUCUGAGCUUUAAUGUAAUUUGCUACAAUUUUAUUCUCCACAGGUUGCAGGUGUUUUUUAAUGUUGAGACAUUAUAUAAUGUGUUAUUGUCCUGGUAUGUGAUCAAUAAAUAGUAAGAAAUGUAGACAACAGUGCCUUUCGAUAAUAAAAUGACAUGAUGAUGAAGCAGUA